AUGCCAACAGUAUACCUCAGCAUAACAUCCGUAUACAUCCAGAAUACCGCGCGUAUACCUCAUGUAUACGUACAAUACACAUCCAGUAUACCUCCAGUUUACCUCCUAUAUACGAGCAUACCCCCAGCAUACCCCCAGUAUACCCCCAGUAUACCCCCAGUAUACCCCCAGUAUACCCCCAGUAUACCCUUAGUAUACCCCAGUAUACCCCAGUAUACCCCCAGCAUACCCACAGUAUACCCCCAGCAUACCUCCAGUAUACCCCCAGUAUACCCCCAGUAUACUCCCAGUAUAUCCCCAGUAUACCCUCAGUAUACCCCCAGUAUACCCACAGCAUACCCCCAUCAUACCUCCAGCAUACCACCAGCAUGUGAAAGAGACGACUAA